GAGAAAGUGCAUCUGAUGCCAGCUGCCAAUAUGACAGAAACCCUGCAGCUCCCAGCACUGCAAGUCCCCGAGCAGCAGGUGGUGGAGAGUGGCCGUGCCUGGUCCAGUUCGUCCACCCCAACCCUGCGCAGGAAGCGCUUCAAGAUGAGGCGGAUGAAGAAUGUGCAGGAGCAGAGCCUGGAGGCCAGCAGGUAUCAGGACUCUCCUUCCUCCAGCAAGGAAUACCUGCAGCUCCCAUCCAUUGAAAUCACUCCCUCCAGUGAUGAGGACACUCCGUGGUCCAACUGCUCCACACCCAGUGCCUCCCCGCGGCGCAAGCGCUUCCUCCUUCGGAAGUGGCUGCGUGUGAGAGAGAAGAAGGAAUACAGUGAGAGCAGCAGUCAGCAGAGCAGCCAGCAAAGCAGCCAUGAUGAUGACUCGUCCCGGUUCUUGAGCCCUCAUAUGCGUGACGACAGUACUGCCAGUAACUCAAACCGCAGCACGCCUGCCUGCUCCCCGAUCCUGCGCAAACGCUCCCGGUCCCCGACACCGCAGGACUCCCAAGGAGACGCCAUGGUGGAAAAAGGCUCAGAUCACUCGUCAGACAAAUCCCCUUCCACGCCGGAGCAGGGUGUACAGCGUAGCUGUUCCUCUCAGUCAGGCCGCAGUGGGGCCAAGAACUCCAAGAAAAGCCAGAGUUGGUAUAAUGUGUUGAGUCCAACGUACAAACAACGGAAUGAAGAUUUCAGGAAACUCUUCAAACAGCUUCCUGACACGGAGCGCCUCAUCGUAGAUUACUCAUGUGCGCUACAAAGAGACAUUCUCCUGCAGGGCCGCCUCUACCUCUCUGAAAACUGGAUCUGCUUUUACAGCAACAUAUUCCGUUGGGAGACACUGCUGACAGUUCGCUUGAAGGAUAUCUGCUCGAUGACCAAGGAAAAAACAGCACGGCUCAUUCCUAAUGCCAUCCAAGUUUGCACUGACACUGAAAAGCACUUUUUUACUUCCUUUGGGGCUCGAGACAGGACGUACAUGAUGAUGUUCAGACUCUGGCAGAAUGCUCUCCUUGACAAGCCUCUCUGUCCAAAGGAGCUCUGGCAUUUUGUCCACCAGUGUUAUGGGAAUGAGCUGGGUCUGACCAGUGAUGAUGAAGACUACGUGCCUCCUGAUGACGACUUCAACACAAUGGGCUACUGUGAAGAAAUCCCUGUGGAAGAGAAUGAAGUCAACGACAGCUCCUCAAAAAGCAGCAUGGAGGCCAAGCCAGAAGCUAGCCCUCAGCUGCCAAAGAAAUCUGUCACUGCCAGCACAUUGACAUCUACGGGAAGCAGUGAAGCGCCAGCCUCGUUUGAUGGAGUGUUACCAGAAGAGGAGGAGGCAGUGGCGGAGAGUCCUGUGGAAAAAGACCUUGGCAUUGCAAAUAUCAUGGGAGAGAAGAUAGAGAUCAUCGGCCCCGUGAGCUCCCCUUCCCUAGACUUCAAUGACAACGAAGACAUUCCCACUGAGCUCAGUGACUCGUCAGAGACCCAUGAUGAAGGGGAAGUCCAAGCCUUUUACGAGGACCUGAAUGGCCGUCAGUAUGUGAAUGAGGUGUUCAACUUCAGCGUGGACAAACUGUACGACUUGCUUUUCACGGACUCCCAGUUCCAGAGGGACUUCAUGGAACAGCGCCGGUUCUCUGAUAUUAUCUUUCAUCCCUGGAAGAAGGAAGAAAAUGGCAAUCAGACCCGAGUGAUCUUGUAUACCAUUACCCUCACCAACCCUCUGGCCCCCAAAACGGCCACUGUCACCGAGACGCAGACAAUGUACAAAGCCAGCCAAGAAAGCGAGUGCUAUGUCAUAGAUGCAGAGGUGCUAACUCACGACGUCCCCUACCAUGAUUAUUUCUACACCAUUAACCGCUACACGUUGACUCGUGUUGCCAGAAACAAAAGCCGACUCAGGGUUUCCACAGAGUUACGUUACAGGAAACAGCCUUGGGGGCUGGUGAAAUCCUUCAUUGAGAAGAACUUUUGGAGCGGCCUAGAAGAUUAUUUCCGUCAUUUGGAGAGUGAACUGACCAAAACCGAGAGCACGUACCUGGCUGAGGUCCACAGACAAUCCCCCAAAGAGAAGGUGAGCAAGCAAUCGACCGUGCGCCGUAGGAAACGGGCCCAUGCCCAUCUGCGGGUGCCGCACCUGGAGGAGGUGCUGAGUCCCGUCACCACCCCCACGGAUGAGGAGGUUGCGCAUCGAAUCAAGCACGUGGCAGGUUCCACUCAGACACGGCACAUCCCUGAGGAGAGCCCCAGCGGCUUCCACCUGCAGAGUGUCUCCAAGCUGCUCCUUGUCAUCAGUUUUGUUCUGGUGCUGCUGGUCAUUCUCAAUAUGAUGCUGUUCUACAAACUCUGGAUGUUGGAAUAUACUACACAGACGCUCACAGCCUGGCAGGGCUUGCGGCUACAGGAAAGGUUACCCCAAUCUCAGACAGAAUGGGCCCAGUUACUAGAAUCUCAGCAGAAGUAUCAUGACUCAGAGCUACAAAAAUGGCGUGAGAUCAUCAAAUCCUCGGUGAUGCUUCUAGACCAGAUGAAGGAUUCACUAAUAAAUCUUCAGAAUGGCAUCGGGUCCCGGGACUUCGGGUCAGAUCCAGAGGAGAAACGGAAACGUUUCCACUAACAGGCAGGAAUGCAGGAGGCCAGAGGACGGUGUGCAAUAUGUGUAAAUAGGAUAUAUAAAUAUAUAUAUAAAUAUAUAUAUAUACAGAAUACAAAUAUAUAUAUUAUAUACAGAUUUUAAGAGAAAAAAAAAAAGCCUACGUAUCGAGAGGAAGGAUUGACCUCCAACACUGGCUGAAAUGGAGUGUCUCGGUGGUAGUGUGGUGUGUGCGUGUGUGGGAGGGCUGUGCUCUCCCGGCACUGAGGUGCGCUUAGGGGUGCGCGUAGGUGUGCUCCCCUGGGCCCUUGCACCACUCUUCUGUAAUAUUCCUGGCUGUUUGUCUGUCCGUCCGUUUUGUUUUUGUUGUUUCAAAGGGAAGCAUCAGAGUGAGUGUCCCCCCACCCCUCCCUACGCAUGAAGGUCCUUCAUUGACUAUAUUUAUCUAUACAUAUAAAGGGGACACUGUCAACUUUCUUACCUUGCUGGCUUCAGGGCAGAGAGGUUUUGGCAAUCGGCAUCAAUCCCUUGCAAAACUAUUCGGCGUUUGGAGAGGCGGCCUCUGGAGGAAUUGCUGUAGGGCUGUAGAGAGCUGGUCUUGCUGGCGAUCACCUCCUGUACUUCUUGGAGCAGAAAUACCAUUUGCUGUCAUGCUGGCCCACCUGGUUCAGAGAGCAAAGCACAGAACGUAAAUGAGCUGAAAUAGUUUCUCCAAACACUACUUUGCUGCCUCCCGUUAGUGAUACUGCAUUAAUAGCCAAGGAGAUGAUGGGGAGGAUCUGCCUACAAGGUGCACGGAUGGAGGAGAGCUACACCACAGAAAGCACAUUUCCAUUCCCUUUGACAGUGUCCCCUUUACAUUUUCUGUAGUUCUUUGCAUUCUAUGUGCUUGGGCCCCUGCCAUUAAGCCAUUCCUGCGCUGAAGAUCUACAUCGGUGCUGAAAGGGCUACUACCUGUGCGACUUCCCAUGAUAGGGGGAGCACCCCAACUUAAAAAGAAAACCAAAAUUACUAGCUACUUGCAACCACUCCUGCUACCCUGCUCAGCAGAUUUCCCUCCUGCCCCUGGGCUGCGAGACCAUUUUGCUCAUAUCACCUAGCCCUUACCUUGUCUUAUAAACUCUGUGGGAAAAUGUUAGGGAGAAAAAGAACAACUUCCUUUCCUUUGCUGGGAUAUUUACUUGACUGCAUUUAUAUAGCAACGAGGCCUCUGAAAGUCCAGGAGAGGUUAGGAAGGGUCAUAGGGACCAAAAAAGAAAAGAAAAAAGGGACCGUCAGUGGGUGGCAGGAUGGAUCUGGAGGGAUGCCCGCAGCGUGAGGAGUCUGACUGGUAUCUCAUAAGCUGGAUGGCAAAGCGUUUGCUCUGUAAGCAAGUCGGGUAGUAGAGCUGCAUUAAAAAGACAACAUGCAUUUUUCACAUGUUCUGGGGGAUAAUUGCAGGCUCCUGUUAGCAGUCAAAUGAGGAAGAGGGGCAGCAGAGGCUGCGCUGUGCGGUUUGCUAAACGCCACUGUGACUGGUUGGGAGGGAGGGUGCUUGUUUGAAUGGUUAAUGAAUGCUUUCUCAUCUUACCCAGUCAGGUUGAUUAGGUGACAUGGGAGGCCCUCAGUCUCCACCUUGUGCAACACAGGAUUUUUCCACCUUCUGAAUAGCAGGAGGGAGUCAGCUGCGUAUUCCCCUUGUGCAAGUGGUGCAGUUCUAGCUUGUCUGUUGUCUCUCACUCCAACGGGCACUGAAAGAGCAGGGGACGUAAGGGUGAGCAACUCAUCUUCGUAUCCCUGUCCCGGAAAUGCUCAUCUGCACAGCUGGGUGACAAAAUAGAGUCUAAGGAAAACCCUCCCAAGCCUCCGUUCGUGCAUUCCAGUUAGGGAAGGGUAAGGUAUGUAGAAGUAACCUGCUGAUUUCUCCCAAGCGCUAAACGCAUGUCCCACAGAAAAAGACUCGCAGUUGAAGGGGGGUGACAUUUAAUAGUGUGAAAGCAAGGUACAACUGGGAAAAAUGUGCCUCAGCAACUAGAGAGUAAUGUGUAUUUAUAACUAUUUAUUUAAUUUAAUGCUGCUGACUACUGUACUGCUCCCUCACUUUGUCCCAGGGAGGCUGCUGAAAUGGCUACUGUACACUGAAACUGAGGUGCUAGUGCCUGGGAAGGGCGUUCUGCAGCUCAUCUCAGGGCAGGAGGGCCCCACCUCCCCACUGUCACGUGCCACACUGGCCAAGAGUCCUGGUUCCCCAUUAGUCACUCCCACAAUUACCAAGCACAGAAACAUCCCCUGCUGCCCAUCUUCCCCUUUUUCCAAUUUAAUUCCAAGCACCAAGGAAGAAGACAGAGAGGAAGCCCUGUGCUUGCCACCUUGCCCAUGCCAGAAAAGACGACGACCACAUCUUGAGAGAGGGGCUUGGAAUCUGGGGUUCUCUGCCACCAGGCCAGGAGGGUUUUGCACAUCGCUAGAUGUAACCCAUCAAGAGGCAGAGAAACACGCCUGUCUGAGGGGGUUGAAAAUAAAUGCUAGUGAUCAGAGUUUGGUUCUUACCAAUUUCACGUUCUCUUGCUAGUUAUGGAGGCAAGAAAUCCAUUCACUCAUCUGUACGUCCUCCUUCUUCUGCAGCAUUCUCCAAAAUCGCUGUAGCGUUAGGUUUGGGAUGUUCCCACUGACGUGGCGUCCUCGGGCUCAGCCCUAGAGGCAGAAUUGCACAAGCUCUGUUUAAUGCAAGGCCACGCAGAGGCAGCUAUAACAAUCUCAAGCACUAAUAUUCGUUCUGCCUGCACAUUACUUUAAGCUGGGUUUACCGGGUUUGACAUAAAUCCUGACACACAGCUACGAUAAAUCCUAUGAUAAAGAGCAGAAGGGCAGUGGUCGCCAAACAGAACCUUGUACAUGCAGUGCCCUUCAAACCGAGGAAGGUUUCUUGCUGAAGCCUUAGGUUUCUUUUUCUGAGAUUCUUAGUUAUUUCUUUUUGCCGCUUGGCAGCAAGUCUGGCGUGGAGUUUGAUAGGAUGAAUGAUCUUCUAUUGCCUCUUAAUUUAUCACAGUAGUGAUAGAGAAAAAAGCAAGGUCGUCUUCUUAAGGCAAACCCCACAAUGGCACUAAAAGCGAGGGCUUAAACAAAACCUCAGCACAUUUGCACCUAGAUGCCUUCCUCUAGAGAGCUACAAUAGGAAUCACCUGCAACUGCAGUUGAGUCCCAAUCAACAGAUUAAUUCCUUCUGCAGCCAUAGACAGUUUUGGACCCGCCAGUUUCUGAUCACAUUGCCUAGAGAAAUGAGCAAUGCUUUCUAGGAGCAAGGCCGAGCAACCUGAACGAUGUUACAGGGGGUGGUACUUCUGCCUUCCCUAAGCAGUCACAGCCAAGUCGUAGCUUGGCUUUCGUUGUCAGCGUUUUGCUUCUUUACUUGCUUACCUGCGCCAGAAAUCCCACGACCAUGGUAGGUUUCUUUACAGCACCUCGCAGACGCGUUUCCCUGCCAAGUCCUCCCUCUGACCCUUCUGGCCCUGGUAAUCUGCCAGGUGAGCGCAGCUGGGCUCUGAUUUCCAGAGUCUGAAUAACUACGAAAGAGAGAUUUUUUUGUUUUGUUUUUUAAGAAAGCAUUUCUCCAGCCAAACAUGCAAAGUAAUGCCAAUGGCCAGUAGCCUAAUUCUUGCCAAGUAAGAUGCUAUGUACUGGGAGGAGGGAUCUGAUUUGCCGUUUUGUGUAUCUCACGUGUUCAUACGGGAGUAUACUCACUAAUCCUAGCUUGAUACAAUCUUGCUUCUGAUAAAUACAGUCCUUCUAGGCUUACCUUAGAAGAGGUGCUUGGGUUAUGGCAUCUGGGAUGAGCUCAAGUGAACCUGAGACCGGGAUAACUGCUAUGCAAUCAUGCGUCUGUAAAGUAGAUACCAAAUAUAUCCAGUGCAGCACCUGCGCAUAAAGUGUACGAAGGACCAAAAGGCACAGGUUAUUUCAGGGGGUAAGAUCAGAAGCGUGUGCCCAAGAGAGGGGCAUUGCUGGCUCUGUACAUUCCACUUAAAAGAGAGAACGGUACCUGCAGUGGUAAGAAUAGGAGCUGAGCUAUGAAUUAACUGAACAGCCAUGCUUUUUGGGUGCUCAGCAAUUAACCAUUACAUAAGCCGAGGCACACUUCAGUCAGAAAACUUUCAUAUUAAUUGAUAUUAACCGAUACUAACUUCUGCACAAAUCCUUCCUGGCUCCCUUUGGGAGAAGAGAAAGAAGUCACACAGCUUUGAGCUCCCCAGCAUAUCUCAGUUAUGCUGCUGACAGAGAGUAUGCAUUUACACACAACUUGCAGCCUGCCAUUUGACCACCCGACCCCACUUGUCUGCUUUAGAUCUAACAAAGAGAAGCCUAAGAGCUCUACAGGCAUGCCUUUAUUAUAAACGUGACCCUUGAAAGAGGCAAGGUUUCAAGACACGAUGCUUUGCCGCUUUUACAGCCCCUGGCACAAAACCACCUCUGAAAUAACGAUGCCUGCAUUACCAUAGCCUCAGAAAGCUUGGCAUGAUUAAUCUGUGCUCUUAUCAGACACUGUUAGUUUCAGAUGCUCACCCGGGUGUAGAGGGGGACACAGUCUCCUCAGCACUAAACCACAUAGUGUACAUAUAUGCUUUUCCCUACCUUUUUACAAGAAGGUAGAAUUUUGUUUUCCACCUGGCAGACGUGCCAGCAGGGUCUGCAGACGUGCAGGUUUUGGUGAAUACAGUACUUGUGUGUCAUGCAGCCUUAAUCCCUCGCCCUUUCCUGGCAGCUCUGCCUUCUCAGGUGCGUAUGUCCGUCAUCUUGCAGCUAUCCUAAGGCACCUAAAUAGAGGAGACAGACAAAGGGCAGCCUGCAGCUUUCACGCCGCCCAGCACUAGGACAGAGGGGUGGAGAUAGUCGCCAACCCUAAAACGACCAGCGCUGCUUGUGCAGCACGACCUGCAAAACAGAGGUUCGUGGCAGCUGUUUUGGGGAGUGAAUCUCUCCCGGCUAGUUAGAUGGGUCUUUCCAUGCUACUAGGAGUGGGAAAACUUUUGGGACGCCUCCUUUUCUCGGCUUCAUUUACAUGAGCACAGUUAGCAUAAAGCCAGCAUAUGAGUUAAUGCCUAUGGAAAAAACAAUCCGUGACGGUUAGUAGCUGGGUGUACGCGGUCUCUAGCCUAGUGCAGUGCUGUAGGAAGAGUCUGUCCACCGUGGGCUCAGUCAUAGUGUGCGGCAAACGUGCAGUACGCCUCUGCCCUCAGCGUGGAGCUGCUGUGCUCCCGAGAGGACUUCCCCCUGGACCGGCCUUCCAGAGCUUCUGCGAUGUGUACUGAACUAGCCAUUUUAACCAGGUAGCGCUCUGUCGCUCGGCACCUGCUUUUCCCAACAGGGAUAGAAGCAAACCACAUCCUAAUUUAGAGGUGGGACUUUCUGGUUCCACAGGAUGCAGAAAAGCACAGUCAGUAACAAACACUCUAAAGCAACAGUGCCUGGCUCAGGGGAGGCAGUUCUGUGAUGUUUGUCAAGGCAGCUGCUGCCGUCCCACAGCUCUUUGACAGACCAGUGAUUUCUGUGCUACCUGCUGAACGCCAAAGAGGUCUUCCCGACAGGAUCUCUGCCAGGCUUGCUGCCACCGACAGGCUUCAUGGCGCAGUCACGCGGACUCUGGCUUAGUCUUUUCAGUCUCAGCACUAGUUAAACGAUCCGAUGGGGGCUUGCUUAAAACAAGACUCAAAACAGAGACUCUCAAACCAAAGCAUCUGAGGCAAGUGGCUCACAAAACAUUUGUGGCAGCAUAGUUUCCAAGACGCGACUGCUGACUUUCUGGCCCAUUCCCCUGCCUGGCAUGCUCUGAUCUCUCCGCUUUGCAGCCUCUACAGCACAAGUCUCUCUGUGCCAUAAUACCUUUCUUUUUCUAGAUGUGCACACUGGCCAAAUAAUCUCUUCCUGUCUUGAUCAACUGCCGACUGAGAUUAUUUCCCGACCUAGCCAGACAGCAUGGGCUUAACUCUUAGCAUGGAUACGUGGCGUGCCAUGCCCUCCUCUCCCACCCAUUUUGCAGCGCUUGCUAUGGCUUUUCCCUCUCCCCUCACACCUUUGCUGCUGGACAAUCAUUCCCCGUGUCGUAGAUGGACUGACCUGGUGCUGUCCCGCCUUGCUCUUCCUUGCCACAGUCUGUAUGCUCUUUAAGUGAAUGUGUUUUAUUUUUUUUUCAGUAGGUAAAAGGACUUCCUUCUGCUGAAGGAAUUAUAUUUGCACAUGGCUCAGGGAGGUACCUCCUCUGGCCGUUUCUGUUACCUCACUCAUUUAGGCCAAUUCCAUUGCUAACAUUAAAUGGCCACCUUCCCCAGCCCAAACUCCGAGAAUAGUUAGGGAAUAAAACCAACGUGCAGCUCAGGUUCUAGAGCCAUUUGGUCGUGGCUCAGUUUUGGCCCGAUCUGUACCCAGCAGCAUUAGGAUUUGGGAGAGCAGCCGUUACAAAACGGCAGCUUUAUCCAGCAACGAGGUGGAGCCUGUGCCACGCACGUGUCGUUCCCCGUCUUCGCGAGCCCACCUCCCUUGUGAUAGCACUUGGCAGAGCAGAUACGGAAGCGCUAACCUGGAUCUCGGCCCGACGAGCUCGGGAGGGAGGGAGGAGCAGCAGAGCCCUUGCAGCAUUACAACCGCCCUGGACUGGCAUCGCGUGGCCGUGGCCCCUCUGCGACGUUACCAUUCUCGCGGAAGUUCGUCUCCCAUCACCUGCUCCAGGGCUGGAUAAAGCUGCUAAAAACCCCCGAGCGUGUUCUCCCUGCCCGAGGCCCUGGAUCCUGCAUCCCCGAUUGCUGUGCGUAACUGCAAAUUACCGCGGAUGGCCUCACAGCGAGGCAUGGGAGAGGGUUGUACAAUCACACCCGUGGGCGUGCGCUUCCCUUCUGGAUUUCACCGCCAGAGCCCGGGAAGCGGGGGGGCUGUUGGCCAGGGCCGAUGCGCCUGUAGCGCUAACGCGAACUCGAGGGUGGGGUGGGGGAGGAACCGUGGUUUUGUUUUAGGAGUUGUCUAACUGUCAUAAAGUUUGCGCUGUGCGCAAAAUGCGGUAAAACGAUAAUGAAACUUACCUGCUAGAACCUAGGAAUUGUAAAGGCUAUGCAGCCAAAACUUAAUGUAAAGUAGCUAGUACAAUGGAAGUACAGUAUAAAUUAAAAAAAAUCUAUCAAACAAACA